AUGGCCCAGAGAGAUCCUCGGUUCAACCAGCAUGUCCUGGUCGACACGACGCCGAUGCCCGACCACAUUCCCAAGGUCGAUGAGAUUGGCGCGACGUCUGCCCCGCUGAUGAGCGCGGCGUACUUCAUCGGGGACCGGUGCAAGGCGUACAACGAUGACUUUAUGAAGUGCAAGGACGAGGCCAAUGGGCGCGGGGAGAUCGACUGCUUGAAGGAGGGAAGGAAGGUCACCCGCUGUGCGGCUAGUGUCAUCAAGGAUAUCAACACCAACUGCCUGAAGCAGUUUACCGCUCACUGGGAGUGUCUCGAGAACAACAACCACCAUCUGUUUGAGUGCCGACGGGCGGAGCAGCAGCUGAACAACUGCGUUUUUGAGAAGCUGGGCCUGAAGAAGACCAUCCCUGGCGCCCCCGAGAACCAAGUCCCCGUGCACAUGCGUCCCAAGCAAAAAUACGCCCAGUAUCCGGGUCCGCAGUUCUAG